AUGGCAUCGUACUUUGGUGAAAUUAUUGAGCCUACUACAAGAGCUUUGUUUAAUGAUUUUAGUGACGAAGAGGAUUGUUCGCAGAAUUUACAGAUAACUUUUGCAGAAAUCUUUCUUCUCGACAAUAACACAUCUCCAGCAGCAGAAAUUAUAAUCGACAGUAAUGAAUCUGAUUAUAGUAACGAUCCAGAAAUUAGCAAGAAAAAAAUUUUACCUAGUCGAAUUUUUUUAAACAAAAAUAAUGCAAUUUGUUUAAUAAGUUCAUCAUUCACAUCAGAAUCGGGAUAUUUUUUUACACAAGCUAUACUUAAGUUUUUGCAAGUUUCGAAUAAAGUUUACAUUUUUACAAACGAUUCAUUAUACAAUUACAAAACUGAAAGCCUUUAUGAUCUUCCAUUUGGAUUUAUAAAAGAAUUAAAAACAAGUUAUAGUUCUCAAAAAAAUCUUGUCGAUCUUCUCGAGACACCUAAUUUUAUAACUGGAGUUUCUGGUGCAAUUCUCAGCUGGUGUGAAAUAUUUAAGAAGAAUGCUACGGCAUUUAUUUGCUACACGGAUCAACAAAAACUUGAUUCUAUAACGGCAGAACCGUAUCUCUCUGUAUUUAAAAAAUUAAAUUCCACUCUGUUACAAACGAGGAAUCCAAAUUAUAAUAAAAAAACAUUUUUUGGAAAUCCUGGAAAAAUCGGAGAAAAUUCAAAUAUUUAUUUGUAA